UUCUACAACUCGACGAAGUGAUUACGAUUUUUCGAGAUGAAGACGAGCGAUUAUCAACCCCUCAACGCAUUCAAACUCAACUUGACGGUGUGGAAAUACGCGGGGAUCUGGCCGGCGGGGGUGAAAAGCCAAUCCCUUCGGUAUCUCUACUAUAUUUAUAACUCGAUAUCACCGACGAUCUGGUUCGGUUCGUUCUUCGUUCUUCAGUUCAUUCACAUCAUUCAGGUGAUCGCGGAUUUGGAACAAGUGAUGCACUCGAUAUAUUUGAUGAUUUCGUACUGUGCCAUGGCGUGUAAAUAUCAUUCGAUCCUGUGGUAUCGAAGGAGACUCGAGACGCUGUUCGAUAGUCUGAAUGAUCCGGUUUUUAAGCCGCGGCUGCCGUCGCACGUCGACGUUAUGAAUGAGUCUAUGAGGAUCGUCAGGAGGGACUCGAUCAUCUUCUUAUCGUCAGGCAUCUGCGCGACUAUCUUCUGGACCUUCUGGCCCUUGAUCGAUAGAAAAUCAGAGGAUAACGAAUUAGCGUAUCAGAUGUGGUGUCCCUUGGACAUAUCCCAGUCGCCGACGUUCGAGAUCGUCUACACUUAUCAGACAAUCGCUAUCACGUACAAUACGAUGUUCAAUACAAUGACGGAUACCGUCAUCUGUGGACUCCUGAAGAUGAUGUCAGGACAUCUGGAUGUUCUGAUUGAGGAUUAUGGUAUGAUCUUCGAGGACAUGUUCAUCUGUCCAGGGGAGGAAACACCGAGAACUGUCGCAGGAAAAAAGCUCGUGGAACUGGGGAAGGGUAAGGGGGAGGGUAAGACGUCGGCGGAGGGGGUGAGGGCAGUUCAAGGACGCCAGAUCCAGAAAUCUGAUGACGAAGGGAGAGACCUGGUGAUACCACCGGUUAUCGUCCCUCAGCUUUCGCAGACGGACUUGAAGACGAGGGUCUCCAGCUGCGUGAAGCUAGCCCUCGCUGUGGAGGGAUUCGCGAAUGAAGUCAAGGAUAUCUUUCAAGCCGGCAUUCUAGUCCAAUUCAUCGCAAGCUGUCUCAUCGUUUGUGCCAGUCUCUUUGCUUUGACUAUUCUGCCAACGAAGAGCUUUCAGUUCUUCUCCCUCGCGCAGUACCUCGCCUGCAUGCUGAUACAGAUAUUUUUGUACUGCUGGAGGGGUAACGAGGUGUCGCUGAAGUUCAGUGACCUAUCGGACGCUAUUUACAUGUGCGAUUGGACGACGUGCGACGGAAAGUUCCGGCGGUCAAUGGACAUUAUCAUGAGUCGAUCACAGAAGCCAGUGAUAUUGCUGAUUGGGGGCCUGUUCUCGUUAUCAGUUGAAACCUUCAUAUCGAUUCUCAAGUCAGCGUAUUCGUUCUUCAUGUUCUUUAAAGAAGUCAAACAGCAGAUGUCAAACUGAUGGUUAUGAUUGACUGAUGUUGAUGACAAGCAGAUGACAACUUUCACGUAGAUUGUAAUGCACUUAUGUAUCGAAAUAUAAUUAUAUGCAGUUGAUCGAAGGCAUGAUCAGGAUGUAGUAGACCUUUAUCUGGUAAACCCUUCAACCCUUCAGCCCUUUAGCCCUUCAACCCUUCAGCCCGUGAACC